GCUGCGCUGUACUUCGGUGCGUGCAGCUUCCGCGGGAAUCCUGGCCGGUCGCAGUCAUGGUGCGUUGCGGUUGCGUGUUGUUCAGAAAGUAUGGAAAUUUCAUUGAUAACCUAAGACUCUUCAUCAAAGGUGGAAGUGGUGGAAUGGGUUAUCCUCGUUUAGGUGGAGAAGGUGGAAAAGGUGGUGACAUCUGGGUUGUAGCCCAUAAAAAAAUGACUUUAAAACAACUUAAAGACAAAUAUCCUCAGAAACGAUUUGUGGCUGAAGGAGGAGCAAACAGUCGGGUUAGUGCACUGAAAGGCUCCAAAGGAAAGGACUGUGAAAUCCCUGUACCUGUAGGUAUUUCAGUAACUGAUGAAAAUGGUAAAAUUAUAGGAGAACUCAAUAAAGAAGGUGAUAGAAUUUUGGUAGCUGAAGGAGGUCUUGGUGGUAAAUUACUUACAAAUUUCUUACCAUUGAAAGGCCAGAGACGAAUAAUUCAUCUUGAUCUAAAACUUAUAGCUGAUGUAGGCCUAGUAGGAUUCCCAAAUGCUGGAAAAUCCUCUUUGCUAAGUCGAGUUUCUCAUGCAAAACCUGCAAUUGCAGAUUAUGCAUUUACAACAUUGAAGCCUGAACUUGGAAAGAUUAUGUACAAUGAUUUCAAACAGAUAUCAGUAGCUGAUCUUCCGGGUUUAAUAGAAGGAGCACAUAUGAACAAAGGAAUGGGCCACAAAUUCCUGAAGCAUAUAGAAAGAACUAGACAACUUCUUUUUGUUGUUGAUAUUUGUGGAUUUCAGCUUUCUUCCCAAACUAAAUACAGAACUGCUUUUGAAACCAUAAUACUGCUUACAAAAGAGCUAGAGUUGUACAAAGAAGAACUUCAGACAAAACCUGCCCUCCUGGCAGUUAAUAAAAUGGACUUGCCAGAUGCCCAAGACAAAUUCCAUGAAUUGGUAAACCAGCUUCAGAAUCCUAAGGAUUUUUUGCAUUUAUUUGAAAAAAACAUGAUUCCAGAGAGGACUAUGGAGUUCCAACAUAUCAUUCCCAUAUCUGCAAUUACUGGAGAAGGAAUUGAAGAAUUAAAGAAUUAUAUAAGAAAAUCACUGGAUGAACAUGCCAACCAGGAAAAUGAGGCAUAUCAUAAGAAACAGUUGCUUAAUUUACGGAUUUCCAAUACAACAUCUUACAGUGAGUCACUGUCAAAGCAGACUGUUACUAGUUCCAGAAUGGAUAUAAUUUAAGCCUAUUAAAAAUAGUAUUGAUGGAA